AUGCUGGCGUCCUUUAUUAACCUGAGCAACACCAGAGCCUUUGAGCAGCCUGCACUUCCUCAACCUUAUUCCUGGUGUUCCAAUAUCCACACGAGUGUUUCAUCCGUAUGCAAUACCUUUCCAGUGGCUCCACUGACUACCAUUGACAACCGCAGUGGCAUUCUUAACCAGAAGCGGUGUGAAGGCAUUCAGACAGGUUCGCUAAACCUUCUACCAACCUCGCUUUCAUCUUCUCACCCAUCCACACUAUCGAUGACUAUGAUGCACUUUCAAAACGGACUUAUUUUCCCACAAAAUCCAGGAGUGAUCCCCCAAGAUGCUGUUUCCUCUGGUUCUGCUGGAACCUCAGGAUCACUUAUUGACCGGGGUCACGAUGAAUAUCGAGGGCUUAUCACAAGUGACACAGUCCCCCAAGAUGCGCGCUCCAAGAGGAAUUCCGACGCGUUGUUUGAGAAUCAUCGCAAUAUUCGGACCAAAAAACGGCUCCAGGCGCGACGAAGAGUUGGAGCUACUAGCAUGGACCUUAUGCUUUCAAGCAACACAGCACUACAAGCAAUAGCUUCCGUUCUUCAAACAAAAACUUCAGCGGCCGGAUUUUCAGUACCUGUUACUGCCUCACCCACAACACCUUGGAAUCAGCUUCCUAUGAAUUCUGGUUCACAAUCUGAGCAUCCCCUUCAGUACACUAAACAGGAAUGUCCCGUAAAUGAGAGUUUGAUGCCUCUUCAAUUUUCAGGAUUCCAGAGACCUAUUGGGCAUCUACCCGAAGCCAUAUCCUGCACAGUUUCUCCAGUCCAAAGUGCAAAGUUGCUUUCGCAAACAAAGUACCCAGCCAAAGUAGGGGAAGCUUUGGCGAAGACAUCGGAUCAGCCCACAUACGAAGGCGAAAUGCUCACAACCAGUCGGAAUUAUAUAACAGCGGCGCUGGAAUAUUUUAGGUUACUCAGCCAACCAAUGCAGUAUCCUAAUGAUCCAUGGCUGCGAAUGCUACCACAAAUUUCCUCACGACCGAUGCGGUCAACAAACAUGAGUCCAGUAAUGGUGCACACACAACUUCGCAGUUCGUCUGGAUCAAACACAAGUUCCACCGAGGAGGUUGAUCUGGCAUUAUCAGACCUCAAGGAGGGGACGAAUGAAGUAUUCAAAUGUAACAGUUGUACUAAGUACUUUGCCACCUCUCAUGGACUGGAAGUACAUGUCAGAAGAACGCACGCAAGUAAACGCCCUUUUGAGUGCCAGCUUUGUCAGAAGAGUUUUGGACACGCCAUCAAUCUCUACCAGCACGAAGUGAUCCAUUGUCCAGAUCGACAUUUUCAGUGUCAUGAAUGCGGGAAAACCUUCAAGCGGUCAUCUACGUUGAGCACUCAUCUACUUAUUCACAGCGAUACUAGACCGUAUCCUUGUCAAUAUUGUGGGAAAAGGUUCCACCAGAAAUCCGACAUGAAAAAGCACACCUAUACUCACACAGGUGAGAAACCCUAUGUCUGUCUGCAAUGUGGAAAGGCUUUCAGUCAAUCCUCAAACCUAAUCACCCAUUCCAGGAAACACACUGGGUUCAAGCCGUUUUCUUGUCUCCACUGCAUGCGUGCUUUCCAACGCAAGGUCGAUUUACGCCGUCAUGUUGAAACACAACAUGAAGCGGAUGAAAAAGUCCACAAUUUUGCCUUAAAUGAAGAGGAAAACCAGAAGUCCUUUUUGAGUCAGGUGGACAUAAAUGGAACGCGGACAGCGAAUAGCCCUGAAGACAUGCCAGUGCCGCUCACCACGAAGUCGUUAGGCAGCCAGUCCGAAAAGCCUGAAGCACCGAGCAAUCCACAGAUUGAUUCAGAAAAUUUUACUAACCAGCGCAAACAAAGUGGACGUCCAUCUGAGGUUACUUCCCCCCUUCACAGCAAUCUUAGUACGACGGACAAUAUUUCGAAAACAAAGGUCUCAGAGUUGGAAAAACCACUGCUUUAUUCAGUCGCACUUCUCUUGAGAACCGAAAGCACUU